AAGUCACCAAACCUAGCUUGGGGUCUGAUAACUCCUGGUUUCUUUUUAAGCAAAUGCCCCUAUCAUUUAAGACAUUAUUUGGGUUUUCUUUUACUUGUAGAUUAGUGUAUCCCAAUAGAUGCUCUAUCCUGGUCAAUGAAGUACUUGUAUACGUGGAUUAGUCAUGACCUUUCAGUCCAAAAGUCUGCAUUCAUAAGCCCAACAGAAAGUGGGGGAAACCUUUUUCACACCUGUCCCAACAAAACCCAGCUGUGUUUGACUGAAUGAUGGCAAAUGAAUGAAGAAAGGGGCUUCUGAGGCCAUAACAAUCUAUUAUGGGCCUGAUCCCCAACCUUCAAAGGAAAAUGACAGCUGCACCAAGGGAUGGAGAUAUGCAAGAGGCCUGUGCUGCCACGGAGGACAGCAUCUCUCUAAUGACAAACUGAGAGCCAGGGUGGUCCCCGGGGAGGGCUGCUCCUUGGCACAACUGAAGUCAGCUCUACCUGGUUGGGCUCUGUAAUGAAACCUCAGGUCUGAAUUCCUCACCAGCCCUUCCUGGGACCAGGAUUGUGGCCAACGCUGGGUCAUUUUGGUGUCCCACUGGAUAGAAGCCCCAUGGGACAACAUAGACCUUCCAGGACGCUGCUGCUGGAACUCUGCCUGCAUUUUCCGCCCACGGCAGUGAUGGCAGCUGGGCUCCCCGCUCCCGCGCCCCUGCCAGAGCGCCCGGUGGCACGGCUCAACGCCUUUUCAUCACUGAUCUUCAUCACAGAGGGGGUCACGGCAUCAGGAGGAAGAAAACCAAUGCCUGCUGAGCCCACGGUGGGCCAGGCCUGCCCCCCGGAUGGUGACCGGCCAUGUUCUUGGAUCUGCGCCAGGCAACCGGGCUCCGGAAAGGCGUUUCCUGCCGCCCCCAGAUCCACGACGCGGGUCUGCCCCACGCCUGGUGACAAGGCCUCAGAGUGCCCACGGGCAGCCUGCCUGAGCCCGGGCCAGCCAGGCCCUGGGGUGGGGAAGGCAGGAGGGCCCCCCACGCUGGGUAAGGCUUCCUCCAGCCCCGGUCAUGCUACCAGCCCAGGGCCUCCUCAGCCACAAGGCCCCACAGUGCAGGGAUGGGCCACCACGUCCAUCCUCCGGUGUCUCACUAGAGGGACACAGAGACAGAGACACAGAGAGAGAAGGAGAGACAUGGAGAGACAAGACGGAGGGAAGGGAACAGGAGGACGGGGAGAUGGGAGAGCCGCCUUUGCGCCCGCCGCCCUGCAGUGCCUGGGUGCCCUCCUCGGGGUAUGAAUGAGAACUUCUGCUACUGAAAACUCUACUAAAACAACUGUCUGAAAAGGGAAACCAGUGAGAUUCAUACCUUAACAUGUGAUGAGGAAAAGAGAACAAAUUUCCUAAUUUAUUAAACAAAUGUACACGCAACAUCUGCUUUCUGCCUGGCAUGUGUGGACUCACUGGAGAUGAACAUGAACAAAAAGGACAGGAUUCUACUGGAAAUUCCUCCAACUUCAUAUUUAAAUUCUAGCUAGAGACAAACUUGAGCCAUAAAAUACGCACUCAACUAAUUUGUAAUCUGAUAGA